ACUAAAAAAAAAAAAAAAUCCAAGAAAAGGAAGAGAAAAAGAGAAGACUCUUCUCAUCUCUCUCUCUCUCACAGGAAACUCUCUGCUCAAAAAUCUCAAACCUAUAUAAACAAAUCAAAUCCCUAAAUCCCUAUCUCUCUCUCUCGCUGCCCCCCUCUCUUUAGAAUCUCGAUCGAUUCCCGAAUUCGUCCCAAAACCCUAAUCCAAAACCCUAGCUCAUGGAAACGGAAACCCUAGAGAUCCAGCGACAUUCAUCGACCCUCAAUUGAUACCAACGGCGAUUCGGGAGGAGGAGGAAACGAAGGAGGUAGGUUUGAUUUCGGCGGUCUUCAGCUGUUUGGGUUGUUUCGGAUUGGGGCACAGGUCGGGGGCGCUUGAUCUGAAGAUGGACGGUCGCGAUUCGUCGCCGGCGGCGGGGGAGGACGAGCGGAGUUCGCCGGUGACUCAUGCGCUGGCGAAGGAGGCGGAGGCGUUGUUUUCUAGUGGCAAGUUCUCUGAGUGCGUGGAGGUUUUGAAUCAGUUGUUGGCGAAGAAGGAAGGAGAUCCGAAGGUUCUUCAUAACCUUGCUGUAGCUGAAUACUUCCGUGAUGGUUGUACUGAUCCAAGGAAACUCCUUGAUGUGCUCAAUAAGGUUAAGAAAAGAAGUGAAGAGCUUUCCCAUUCAGCAGGUGAGCAAGUGGACAGUGCAGGCAAUCUUGGUAGCACUACUUCUGGAUCUAAAGGGAGUAGUAAUAACCUACAUCAGCUAUCUGCUACGGAUGCCAGCAGUGCAUAUGCAGAUGAGUUUGACACUUCUAUUAUCACACUGAACGCUGCAAUUGUACUUUAUCAUCUGCAUGAAUAUGCACAUGCAUUGUCAAUUUUGGAACCAUUAUAUCAAAACAUUGAUCCCAUAGACGAGACAACAGCUCUUCAUGUCUGCCUUCUUUUGUUGGAUGUUGCAUUAGCUUCUCAAGAUGCGGAGAAAGCUUCAGAUGUGAUCCAGUACCUGGAAAAAUGUUUUGGUGUUGGCUACACCAUGAACCAGAGUGAUAAUGGAAACACAACUCAACAGCAAUCUCUGAAUCAGGGUCUGAAAGCAUCGACAAUGAGCAGUACCUCCAUGACAGAUGGGACCAGUUCUGAUUCGAGUGCCAACAUCAACGAGAACUCUCUCUCAGGAACAUUAUCAGAUGAUGCCCUAGAGUAUGAGAGUUUGUAUUCAACACUGGAUGGUAGCGGUCAGAACCUGGGCCGCCGCUCAGUAAAUGAUGUCACAAAAGCAUCAGCUCAUCGUGCUGCUCCUGCUACUGAUCUAAAACUCAAAAUGCAUCUCUACAAGGUCCGGCUACUUCUUCUCACUAGGAAUAUAAAGGCUGCAAAACGAGAAGUUAAGCUUGCUAUGAACAUGGCAAGAGGAAGAGAUUCAUCGACCGAGCUAAUCUUGAAGUCUCAGCUAGAAUAUGCCCGUGGUAACCAUCGGAAGGCCAUUAAGCUUCUGAUGACAUCCAGCAACAGAACAGAACCAGAAAUUCUUAGUAUCUUUAAUAACAAUUUUGGCUGCGUUCAUUACCAGCUAAGGAGUCACCACACUUCAGGCCUUCUAUUUUCCAAGGCACUGAAAAGCAGCUCGUCACUUCGUUCUGAGAAACCUCUGAAGCUUUCUACAUUUUCGCAGGACAAAUCGCUUCUCAUCAUAUACAACUGUGGGAUUCAGCACCUGGCCUGUGGAAAACCAUUGGUUGCAGCUAAGUGUUUUGGUAAAUCCAGUUUGAUUUUCUACAACCGGCCUCUCCUGUGGCUUCGUCUUGCUGAAUGCUGUCUCAUGGCUUUAGAGAAGGGGCUUUUGGGAUCAAAGGGUGAAGACAUAAGAGUUCAUGUUGCUGGUUCAGGCAGAUGGAGACAAUUAGUUAUCGAUGAUUUGAAGUCAACAGAUGGAUAUUCUAACUCAGAAAAUACCAAUGGAUGCAAGCUCUCCCUUCCAUUUGCUCGUUAUUGUCUGCAAAAUGUGUUAAUCUUAUUGAACAAAACUGAGCAGAAAGCAAUUAAAUCAGGUGAUUCGGUCACUGCCUUGAAUCAGGAGGAAUCUGAUCAGGUAAAAUCCGGCAAGAAUUCAACCCACAAGAAUGCAUCGACAGGAGACUCAAAAGCAAAUGGAGAUUCAAAAGAAAACAAGGGUACUUCGAGUUCAUCCUCCAUAUUGCAGAGCUCUGUUUCUGCAUAUGAGGACAUGAGGAGAGAAGAGAAUCACAUGAUUAGGCAAGCAGUUCUUGGAGCCCUAGCUUACGUUGAGUUAUGCUUAGAAAACCCUUUGAAAGCUCUUUCUUUUUCAAAAUCACUCCUCGAUCUUCCAGAAUGUUCCAAAAUUUAUGUCUUUCUCGGUCACACUUAUGCCUCUGAAGCACUUUGUUGGCUGAACCGAUCUAAAGAAGCAGCAGAAUAUUUAUCAGUAUACCUCACAGAUGGCAACAAUGUCGAAUUGCCUUAUGGUAAUGAGGAUAGAGAAAAGUGGUUCUCAAAGAGAGGGGCUAAUGAUUUUGAAGAUUCAAACAGUUCUUUGCCUUCUAAAAAUAAUGCCGAAGAUACCCAGAGCUUGAUGUUCUUGAAGCCUGAGGAGGCUCGUGGGAUUGUUUUUGCUAAUUUCUCAGCAAUGUUUGCAAUUCAAAGAGAUCUUGAAAAGGCUAGCAGAUUUGCUUCUGAGGCUCUAGCUUUAGUUCCUAAGCAUCCAAAAGCUUUGCUUGCAAUAGCAUAUGUCGAUCUCUUACAAGGGAAGACAAAAGAGGCUAUUUCCAAGUUGAAGCAGUUUAACCAUGUGAGAUAUCUUUCAACUGAUGUAUCGUUGAGCAGCUGAUGUAUCGUUGAGCAGCUGAUGAUGAACUCUGUAUUUGAUCCAUGAUGCCUGCACCUAGUGAAUUUUCGACGAGUGUUCUAGAUUUUAUCUGUACAAUAUAACAAAGAAUUGUCGUACAAUAAGUUCAAUUUUAGGUUUUAGGGAUUGGUGGCAUGGCACAGGGUUUUGGUCUGCGGAUGCCCACAUUUUCACUUGAAGAUGAUAGCAGAGAAAAAGGUUUGAUAGUUCAAUUCAUUUAGGAUAGUUAAUGCAAAGCCUUCAUUCAUAGCGUCCUCUAGUUUGGUUCCUAGUCUCUGAUGAGUACUGAUAUGUUGUAAUUUUGUCCCAGUUUUUACCCCUACCAUAAUUUUCAAGUAUUCACAGCUAUCUUAUCAAUUUGUGCAGAACAAUCGAAUGUUUAGGUGAAAUUUGCCUGUAAUCCUACGCAGAAUGUGGCUCUCUUGCACUGUUAUGUAUCUUGUAUUCUGAUGGGUUCAACCACUUUUUAGGCU